UAUUGGCUCUUGGAAGAGACCAGAAAAAUAUUAUCUUCGCUUUGUUGUGAGAAAAUUACUAAUAACUCACUAAUAACUCCUUUAAAAGAUACUCUCGUAGUUCACGAGAAAUACAGUCAGUUAGGACUGGUUUUAGGCGAUAGUUUACAGUCAAGAAGCAACAGGAACAACCUAUUCAACAUGGCUAGAUUUCGCUAUUCCUUUAACACUCCUGCGAAGGUAAUGGGGUGUAUUCAUGCAGCUCUUGGAGGCUUGUUGAUCGUAAUGGGUAUCGUUGCACGAAUUCAAGUUUACCAUUGGACAAGUGAGAUGCUCCUUGGAAUAUGGACUGGUGUCGUGUUCCUGUCCACUGGUGCAGUUGCAGUGGUUGGUGCUUACCGCAGGAUGGCGAUGAAGCAGAAGAGAAGCUACAUCAUCACGUUUGUCAUCAUGUCCGUCAUUUCCCUAAUCCUUGCCAUCUUUGUCGUUAUUUGCUAUGCUAUGGCAGUCAUUGCAUUCUUUGGUGGAGAAAAGAUGGGUAAUUUCUCCUGGUACAAUUGGGAUGAUCGUGCCUACACCUCGCAGAACGUUAAAAAAGCCAGGGGAAUCACAGCAACCAUUCUUGCUCUUGGUUUGAAUGAGCUUCUCAUUUCGAUCGUCUCUUUGAUUCAUGGUUUGAUGUGCUGUUGUCUCAGGAAGUGGCAUCAGCUCAAGCAUCAAGAGCUAAACCACAGGAAUAGUACCUAUUCUGAUCACUAUAGACAUAACGCAGAACGCGAGUAACAAGACACUGAUACAACAAGGUACUGCGCAUGCUCGGAAUAUGGCCGACACAUUGAAACAGUGGACUGCAUCGGACUGCAUGAGAGAACUUUAGGGAGUAAAUGGUGAGGGCUGGUGGGGGGAGGGGUAGGGAUAGGUUAAAGGGGAAACAAACAGCGGGGGUGAGCGCCUUUAAGAUCAUCUUACUCUAUUUAGUAUUAAAUUUGUAUUUCAACCUUUUAACCAAUGCAUACUGUUUCUAUUGUUUGUGGAAAACCUUCUAAUGUUUGUGCUAAAAUACUUUUCCCUUGAAAGCCUCGACUUAUUGACGCUGUUAUAUGCAGUAUUUUCCAGCGGCGAUGUUUAUUUUCUCGGACAAUUAGGCGCAUGCGCGGCGUACAGUUAUUGGGAACGAAACCGAGUAGUUCUGGGUACGAGAUUAGUGUCCACUGCAGUAAUACCAGUUUCGAGCAUGUGCAGUACAUUUAAUUUCUAUCAGUGUGUUUUUAGAAUAUUAAUCUCGUCUACAAAUUAUUUUUGUAAAUCAUAUAGUUCGCCUUACAUGUUAAACAAUUUAGACCAGAACUUGCUUUGUUUCUACUUGACCUUUUCUAUUUUAAUGCAAGCAUUGAAAAACGCGCUAAAAUGGAAAGAUAUCCAACCGUUAUGACACUGAAUCAACCAAAAUUAUCCAUCCUUAAUCUUGCGUAAAUCCUACAAACUGUAUCAGAUAUCAUUAAUCGUAUUUCGUAACACGUACAAAUAGGCUAACAAGAUAUUUUAGAGGGUCAAAUUAUACCGAUAAAAAUAUUUUAACAAGAGAAAAAUAACUAGUUAAUUUUUAAAAUAACAUUGGUAACAAACGUUUGGUGCAUAGGAUUGUGGGACUGUAUGAAAUUAAGACGAGGUCACAAAGCUCUGCUAGAAAACGUUGUUGACCCACAAUCCUAUGCACGACGUAAUCCUUACCAGUCUUUCCUUUGAAAUAAGUCAGCCAGUUAAAUUAAGAAACAUAAAAUUUUGUUUUAUCACAGGCGAACAUGUAUUAUAUAUUUUUUCUUGAAAUGCACUUAAAAAAUAUUUGUAAAUUUGUCACUUUUGUAUUGAUAAAUGUAAUAUCUUAUUGAACAGA